GCGUGCGACAAAAACAGACUGGCAUGAACCUCCAGAACGACGACUGAUGGAGCAUACACUCCCGGAAUUGACUCAGGAUCUGGACAUGGAAGAGGUGAGGGAGAAGAAGACGACCGAGGUUCCCGGCUUUCUGUGUAAGACGCUGGUGCCGUCGCCGAUUGUAAGGAAGGCUCUGCCAUCUUGGUUGCCUGGCGGUGAGGCUGCGGUAUAUCUGAUCAAGGAUGUCACAAUCGAAUUGCACCGUGUCAAUGACGACGGCACUCUCACUUGUCUUAUUCAGCAUCCCAUGUUCAAGAAGAUACGCGACGCGCAAGUCCUUUGUUUCAAGGAGUCUGCCAAACUAGACAUUGGUGUAAAUGCGCAGUCCUUGACACGCGAACCGGAUGUCCUUGCGUAUACCUCCAUGGAUGGCACGCUCGCCUUUCUCCGUUACGCACCGCCUGCAGCAGAAUCUUCGUCCACUCCCACUACAACGGGCAAGCCUCGGUUUCGGUACUCCACCGUUGAGCCCGCUUCUACAGGAACGUUUGGGAUGUGUGGUACUUACCCCCUCGGUACUUUAGGCGACGAUAUUGACCAGAUAGGUCAGUCCCUCGCCCUGGACCCCCUAGGACGAGCAGGUGUCGUGGCCGCGACUCAGAAUCGACUAGCAAUGUUCUCUAUACGCAAGCCUGCCAACGAUACGGCUGCAAUAGUUAUCCAGGAAACACAAAGCAUUGAGGUGCCGGGCGUUAUCUGGCAUGCUAUGUUCCUUACCCCUCCUACGUUCACGUCACCGAUCGGAGAUGAUGAAGAGACGAAGAGCAGUCGGGUUCCGGUACACCUGAUGGUAUAUAUCUAUGACACCGCUGCCGCGAAGCCACGAGUCCUUGUGUAUCAAUGGUUCCCGGGGACUCCGCUUUCCACGCUGUACGAAUACGGCAACAUGCCUCUACCAACAGAGCUGUCAUUACCGCUACAUAUGACUGCACUGAAUGAAGUGAAAGACUCAGCGCUCAUCGUGACGGAGACUGAAGCAUGCCUUUUCGAAGCUGGGCGGAUACGAAGUGGAGACCUCGCCUUUGUACGCGCACCUCUACCCAAGGGUGCAGGCUUAGUCACAGGUAUUGCAACGUCACGACAAGCAAGCUAUGCAGACGAUUAUGUGUAUCUCCUGCACGAAACGGGACGGAUAUCGCGGGUAGAUGCUUGCACGACAGAAGCGACGGUCGUGAAUGCUGGGCAGGUUGAGCCAGGGAGUUUUGCGUUCGCGGUCUUGGAUAUGGAUAUGGGGACUGGUGAUUUGGUGUUUGCUGGGGGAGCGAUGUGUUCGAGUGGAGUAUACUUGCUCUCAACGGAUGGAGCCGUAACACGGUAUUUUGAGCUACCUAACCUCUCUCCCGUCUUCGAUUUUGAUGUCUAUACGCCGCCGGACUCCACGUCUGGUCAGCAGCGACUCCUCGUUACUCAUGGCCGGUCCGAAGGGGGUAUGUUCAGCGAGCUGAGAACUGGACUGCCGUUACGAGUACAUGAUGAAGUCGGAGAUUUCGAGAAUAUAAGCGGACUUUGGUCAGCUCCUGAUACAAUAGGACACCGGGUGUUUGUCUUCAUUACCUAUCCCUGGAAUGAGACGAACUGCUUGUGCUAUGACUACGAAACAAGGGAGAUUGAAGAUGUUACAGACGCCUUGGGGGUCGAUUCUGGAAAGGAAACAUUGGCUGUGGGACGUGAUGGUGAGAGACUUGUUCAGGUAACGAGAGAUGGAGUUAUUUCACUCGCAGGUAGGACGGAGCCCGACGUCGAGAAGACCUCUUUUGCUGAACUUUUCGGUAUGGGGUCGGAAGUCCUUGCGGCGAACGUGUUACGUGGGCAACUCGUGGUGGGUUCAAGACAUUUUAAGACUGGUGAGACGAGAUUAUUACCGAGAUCAUUGCCGAAGAAAGAAGGGCUGCGCAUCGAGGAGACGCCGGGGAGCUGGUUACUAAGCUCCGAGCCAACAUUCCUGUCGCAAUAUGACUUGCCGUUGGCUCCUUCGGAAAGGCCCUUGUCCGGGAGAAUAUGCAUUGCAGGAACGCUGUCAUCGGAGAUUGUCGUGUGCAACAUUGAUCCCUUCAGUGCUUUGACGCACCUAUGUACCCAAAAAGUCAUCGUAUCAAACGGACAAGAGUACGAAGAUGCCAUACCCGAAUCGGCGGUUGUUAUCGCCAAUGAAGGUUGGAAUAUGCUACUCGUUGGUGCGCGAACCGGGCACAUGCUACUUUAUCGGAUGAUGGAGGAGGGUACACAACUUCAGUUAGUGGACACGGUGAAACUGGGAAGCCGACCGGUCAAAAUCCGUAGUCACUCGAAAACCGAGGCUUAUGUGGCAAGCGAUGCUGUUUGGAAAGUCAUCGCCUCACAAGCUGGAGAUGUGACCCUAGCUGAAAUGGUCAUGGAGCAAGGAUUGGAAAGCAUCUCGCUUGUUUCCAAGUCUGUUGAUGGUUUGAUCGAUGCUUCACCCAUAUUGCCUUGCAUUUCUGGCACUGCGCUGGCUUUCGCUGAAGUUGGCAAGGAAGUCCGUCUCUGUACCCGAUCAAUACCCCUGGAGGCGACUCCAAGAAGGGUCAUCACUGACCAUAAGGGAACUGGGGCAUUUACGGUCCUGACAAACAUAUCUACUGAGACCUCAGGUGUUACACGUUCGGACAUCAAGUACAUUGAUAUUGCCAGCGGUGCUUUGAAGACAUCAUACCCCUUGGCGACCACGGAUACUGAUAGCCUGAUUUUCAAAGACAACGAGGUUAUUUACAGUAUCUUUGAGUGGAGCAUCCAGUUGAGACCUGGCGUGAUGUAUCACUAUGUCUGCGCGGGAACAGGUUGGAAAGGCGGGGUAGACAUCGGUGGCCGGCUGCACUUUCUGAACUUCAAACCGAGUAAGGACGACCCAGGAAGGUCAAGGGUGAAGCGGUUGAAGCCUUUCCGUACGGCCGACGCCGUCGUUGCUAUUGCAUCAAUAGCAAGCUUUGGCGUGGUAUACUCCACGUUGGGCAAACAAAUCUGUGUGCGCACGUUAAACGUGAACGGGACGGACAACAAAGUGGGGUUCAGUCCCGAGGAGGUGACGUUCAAACUACGCUCAGCCGCAACACGGAUAUCAGUGAAGGAUAAUGUGAUCUAUUGUUCUACACAAAGGGACUCUGUUGUCGUUUUGACUUACGACCAAGCCGCCAAGAAGAUAGCGUUUCUUUAUUCUGAUCCGAAACCAAGGCUCGGCUUGGAUCAUUGGGUACGAGGCUCAGGGCUUGUGCUUGCGUCUGACAAGUCUGGCUACGUCUGGGGCUUCGUACCGAGUAUGAAUGGCUCACAGCAAAAGAGGUCGUUCCAGGUGAAAUUGCCUGUCGCGAUCUCGCGAAUGAAGGAGGCGUCAUUGUUGGCGUCAAACGCCGGGACAGCGGGGUCGCCAGAGGGGUUCUGCAAAGUUAUUAUCUGCAGUGGCAUUGACGGGAGUAUUUUCGGGCUCUCGCAAUUGCCGGCGGAAGCAUAUAACCUUCUCCACCUCGUGCAGAAGCAGUAUUUCCAAGCGAUCGCGGCUGUGCGGGGUGAGACACCUUGGGAACAGCGAGAGAUACUGAACGGCACCGCCCUCCAAGCAUUGCUGGGAAUGAACACAGAGCAAUGGAAGAAAAUCCUUGGCACUGCAUUGGAAGAGCUGAGCCGCUUUGUGACAGUGAUGGAAACGAGAUUAGAGGAGCCGCCGGCGCGCACGGGAGAUGUUCUGGAGCAAGACAUCGAUGCCACCAAAAUGGUCAUCCGCAAUGCUUUGUCCGAAGUGAUCGUCUAAAGAUUUACCACGGUCGGCUUGGUGCGUAGGGUACUUUACGCAUUACGAUACUUUAUAUAGCGAUUCCAACCUGGCACAUGGGAUGCAUGUGAUCGUCCGAGGGACAUAUACCGUCAUCGCUCGGUCGGCGAAUCAGUAAGUUGAACGCACUCCUUUCGGAAUAUCUAACCAAAGCAUUGAUCUGAUUCCCGAAACCCUAAGUGAGAUCUCAUACAUGGGGUUCAGUUUCCGAUCUGGGCUUGUACUCGAGUCCUCGGGUGAAGGCGCAUGAGGAGGGCUGAGCGGGUCAUCUUGAAACAAUAGGAACGCAGUCAACACUUAAGCUCAAGUAAGUAAACCUCCUGGCCGUGUUUCGGACCGGAGCC